GGAGGAGGAGGCGUUGCGUUGCGUCGUGUCUCCUCGUUGUUGAGGCACUUGCUGAGAGUGUUUUCUCGCCUGUUGCUAAUGGCCUUAGGUGACGCCAAUCAAUUGACUUGUUGUGUGUAGCAUUUGGAGCAUAUUAUUAAAAUUUGCUUGUGGCAAAAGCGUUUUGUAUAUAGUUUUGAGUUUUCAAUACCAAAACAAGUGAGUAGAUCGGGAAAAGCGGGCCAAAUGCAAGUUAAUGUUAGAGGGUUUUCUUGUUUUGUUUAUUAAAUAUAAAAAAAAACAAAUUCGCUUAAGCGUGGAAAAUCGGAGCGCACAUGUACUACACAUAGUUAGAUAUGUAAAUAGAUUUAGUUAGGCAUUGUGUUGGUUGACUCAACGACGAGUAAAUUAUUGGCGCGAAAAUCGAAAGUUACGCUUUUGUAGGAAUAUUAAGCUCUCGCUCCGCUGAAACACUUUGGCAAUCCACUGGCUCACGAAAGAUUAUGUAAGAAAAAAUAUAGGCCCACGACGAAACGCCUAGUUAUUCCACGAAUGUCGCUAUUGGGCAAAUCCAUUACCUACACACGCGGUACACAUCGUCGCGAUGCACGUUACCGGAUCAUACAGGGUCGUAUUUAUAAUUUUCUGGAGCGACCACGCGGAUUUUUCGCAAUCUCCUAUCACAUAAUGGUAUUCCUUUUGAUCUUCACCUGCUUAGCCUUAAGUAUUUUCGCUACAAUCAACGAAUAUGAAAAAGAGGCAUCCUUCUCCUUGUAUCGACUGGAGGUGUUGGUGGUAUUUUGGCUUACACUUGAGUUCAUUAUACGGCUAUGGGCUGCAGGUGUACGCUCGCGCUAUCAGGGCUUUCUGGGACGCUUUAAAUUCAUGACCGGCACAUUUUGCAUUAUAGACCUCAUCACAAUUGCUGCCUCCUUGAUUGCACUGGCACAGGGCGCACCACGUCGCGUGUUCGCGACCAGUACGUUGCGAGCGCUGAGAUUCUUUCAGAUAUUGCGCAUGUUGCGCAUGGAUCGACGUGGUGGCAGCUGGAAACUUUUGGGGAGUGUUGUUUAUGCGCAUAGACAGGAACUACUCACUUCGAUCUACAUCGGCUUCCUCGGUCUCACUUUCUCUGCCUUUCUAGUUUAUUUAGUAGAGCGUGAUGUUAAUGAGCAGUUUAACAAUUUCGCGAAAGCUCUUUGGUGGGGUGUUAUAACAAUGUGCACUAUAGGUUAUGGCGACUCAGUGCCCAUAACCUGGCAGGGUAAACUCAUCGGUACGAUUGUUACUUUGUUGAGUUAUUCGUUCUUUGCGCUGCCGGCGGGCAUUUUGGGUAGCGGUUUCGCUUUGAAAGUUCAACAACAACAACGUCAAAAACACAUGAUAAGUCGUUACCAGCCCGCUGCAACAUUAAUACAGUCUGCUUGGCGUUAUUAUGCAGCGGAUGAGAAUUCUACAGCGGUCGCUACAUGGAAGAUACACGAAAUACCUAUACAAUUGCCGAGUCCCACUAGCUCUUUCAAAGUUCAAAGCCCCUUAAGACGUUUACCUAGUCGGCGCCGCCGAAGCCAAACUAUACAUUCUCCUGCCGAUAUUUUACACAUCGAGUCAGCGAAGUCGGGUCGCUAUCUUUCGGUCUUCAAUGACAAGUCCGUGGAAAGCCCAGAUGAAGACUAUACACCAAAAUGCAAUACGUUGUUGAAGAAACAUAAAAUCGCUAUUAGAUUUAUACGAAUGCUUAAGUUUAUGGUUGCCCGUCGAAAAUUCAAAGAAGCCUUGAAACCUUACGAUGUCAAAGAUGUACUGGAACAGUAUGCCGCGGGUCAUGCGGACCUGUUGAUGCGAGUAAAAAAUAUACACGCGAGAUUGGACCUUAUAUUAGGCGGUAAACGUGCGCCAAAAAUUAAGGAUGCUUCAAAAAUCUGCUUAGCUUCCAGAGUGGUCAAAAUGGAAAGACAAGUUAACGAUAUUGAAGAUAAGUUAGAUCUACUAAUUAGACAAUUUAUGGAGGAUCGCAGACGCAAAGAAAAUGAUAACGAAGAUCAAUCUAACAUGGCGCCCGCACUGGAAGCGGUCAACAAUGAGACGAUCAAUAAAAGAGAGAAAGCGAACAUUUCUGCAGCUGUGCAGGAAGCAAAAAGCGCCAAUAGAACAAGUCUUCCCACGAUCGUCUAUCAGCCACACCUGCCUGCGAAUAUAAAUUAUCCACCUCAUCGAGAUUUAAAAUUACCCAUCCCACAGCAGAGGCCCGAUAGUGCAAUAAUAUUUAUAGAUGAUUUGGGCAAAGUGGAGGAAGGGGAUAUAUUCCAUGAAGAUGAUGAAGAGUACAGCGAUGCUAUGUAUGCAUCGGUGGAGGCGUACUUGGGUUGGACGUGAGGAGGGUAAGGAGUGCAAAGCCUACAUUUUUCAAAAAUUGAGUGCCUUGUAGCUGAACAGACGCAUAUUAUUGAAUAAGUUUAAUUAUUUAUGUUG